AUGUUCUUUUGUUCUGCUCAGAAAAAGAAAACCAAAGUUGUUUUUGAAAGGUUCCUUAUGAAUAUUUGGCCUGAGUUCGAACUACAAUUCAGCAAAAUUCAGCUAUUGAAGCGUAAAGAGGCUGAAUUUUUCUGAGCUUUUUAAGGUCACUGAAGUUGAAUUUCUUGAAGCGCUUAUCAAGUGGGAAGAGAAUGAGCUUCUGAAACGAAAAAAAAAUAUAUCAGCUCUAAUGUUUUUUUCAAAAUUCCCAAUAUUUCAGUCCCUAACCACCGCCUACAACCGCGGAUUGCUGGAAAGAGCUCCCCUGCGCGAUGAUUUGGUCGUUUGUUCAACGACAGAGGAGAUAAAUCCGGAUCUACUGUGGUUCCGGCCGGCUGAAACAAGCCUCGGACCUCGUUACUUUCAUCCCGUAUCAUCAGGUUUCUUUUGAAUAAAAUUGUUCGAAUUUCAAACGAAAUUUCAGACACUGGUCAAGCAAGUGGCUCACAUGCGAGCGCAUUUCAAUGA